UAAUUUAAGGUAGGAGAGAAGAGUUACACAAUAGUUGAUCAGAAGAGAUCCGAAAAGAAAUCCAGAAUAAUUAAUUAGAAGAUGGCAAAAUCAGCAGCUUCCAAAAUUGCGAGUCUUGUAUUGAGAAUCUUAACUAUUGUUCUUCUCUUGAUAUCCCUCGUUGUGCUCUCCACCAAUUCAAAAACUGUGGAAACCGACCUUGGUGUAGCGCAAAUCAGAUUUAAGGAUAUUCUUGCUUACCGAUACGUGCUUUUUACGAUCGUGAUAGGCGUUGCUUAUUCCCUUUUGCAACUUGUAUUUACAAUCUUCGAGGUAAUUAGAAGCAGUGAAGGCAACCUUGUAUUUGACUUCUACGGUGACAAGAUUAUAUCGUAUGUGCUAGCGACGGGUGCUGGAUCAGGAUUUGGUGUUACAAACGACAUGAAGCAACUCUAUGAAUUGGGAAACUUCUUUGAAAAGUCGUAUGCUUCCAUCAGCCUCCUUUUCCUUGGAUUUAUCUGCACUGCCGUACUAUCGGUGCUUUCUUCUUAUGCGCUUCCUAAGCCAGUCUAGUAUUAUUGUAAUAAUUAGCAUAUACAAAUGGAAAAUUUGAUCACACUUAUUCUUUUUCUAGAAAUAUUUUGGAAAAAAAAUGCAGUAUGCUUUUGUGGGUAGUGUACCGAUCAAAUCGAAUCCUUUGUUGCCAGGGUGGCAUACGUAGUUGCAACAUCCAUGUAACUUUGUACUCGUGUUAGUUUUUUAAGGAAAUAUAUAUAUAUAUAUAUAUGACCUUUAUUGCAAA